CCAGACUUGACCAUGCCGGAGCUAUGGGUGACUACGGCUGACCUGCUUCUCUUCUUUCUUUUGCUUCUGCACCAUUGUUUGCUCCGAGCCCAUGAAAGCACCCGUGGAGCGCUUCGUGAUUCACCGGCUCGCCGCGAUCCAUUCUCUAGCAAUACGCGGACUUUGCGGAGGAUAUUUGCUGGACCAUAAGUACGCAGCGUCGUGACCAUGAUAGAUCAUGUCCUGGGCAGGCCAUCUGUCCAGUUCCGCAAGAUUCAGGUGCUUGCAGUAGUAUCCUUCUGGUCAUUCUACCUCUACAGAGGCGACCGCCACGGCCCACCCCUCGUUCGCCGCAUCUCCGCCGUCCUCUCGCACAAGCUCACCGCAUGGCAAACCCUCCUCAUCACGCUCCUCUACCUCUACCUCGCCCGCAACUUCGGCAAGCUCGUAGGCCUCGAGUGCCCUGAGCCCCUUGCGAACCUCUACUCGCGCUCCUACUUCCGCGCAACAUGGGUUACGACGGCGCUCGACGCGGGCUUCUGGUCCGCUAUGCGGAUAAAGCGGAAGGGAUUGAGAGAUUUCAUGUCCUUGGUGUGCAGCGUAUACUAUAUGAUAUGCGCGGAGCAAGCAGAUGAGAAGGUGCGGAAGGUGCGAGGUACGAUGACCGUAGACCAUCUGCGGGUUAGCUGGAACAAAGGGACCACGCCGUAUCUCGCGGCGCUGACGAGCUUGAUGAGGCCACGGCUUAUGUGGUAUCCGCCACGCAAGAUCAGAAUACCGCGUCCGAGGGAGAGUUCGUACAAGGACCCGGUAAUUGCGUGGUUGUACUUCAAUGGCCCGCUUUCGGCGCUCAAGAGGCAGGACAAGGUGAUUCUGGAUAUACCCGGAGGAGGCUUUGUCGCAAUGGAUCCUCGAAAUCAUGAUGAUAAGCUUAUGGGAUGGGCUGGCAAAACCGGCUUUCCCGUGCUGAGCCUGGACUACAGGAAGGCUCCUGAGUGGCCGUACCCGUAUGCGCUGAACGAGUGCUAUGAUGCCUAUCAUUCAAUCGUGGCGACAAGAGGGAGGUGUGUGGGGCUAUCAGGAGAGGAAAUGCCAAAGAUCGUGGUAUCUGGAGACUCGGCAGGCGGGAAUCUGGCCGUGGGGAUGGUGUUGAUGAUUUUGCAGACCGCCUCGACGGAAACGAGGAGGUGGCAGGGCGAGCGCGAACUACCGCCUCCGGCUGGUGUUGUUCUGAUCUAUCCAGCGCUUGAUAUGAAUAUUGGGAACUGGAUGACGGAUGAGCAGAUGGCACUCAUCCGUGACCGGCGAGUCCGAAAACAGAAUCGCUCCAUUCUUCGACACAAGGGCGAUGACUACCGACACCUUGCUCCUAAUACGCCUGGCGCUUCGGAUCAUUCGGACAGCGAGGAUGAAGCGCAGAGCACAUCCCCAGUCCCUGAUUCUUCAGCCCCUACCCCCACGAGCGAGCGCGUGCUCACGUCUCCUCAAACGGCAAUACACCUUUCUGCAGCACAUACAGGGAAAGACAGCCAUCCUAUUCGUCCUAUCAACACGUUUACGAACUUGAACGGAACGAUCGCAAGUCAUGUUGUGCAAACGCCCGACGCUGUCACCCCGAAACCUGCGGCUCCUCUGACACCUGCGCCUGCCGCGCCUGUGAAUGCCAUCAAGACUCGCCUCGCGAUGUCUAGCAUGAUAUCGUACUUCAAUGAUCGAAUUCUCACUCCAGAGAUGAUGCGCGCCAUGAUCAUUCUCUACAUCGGACCGCAUCAUCGACCAGACUUCAGCACCGACUUCCUGCUCUCUCCUCUCCUCGCGCCAGAGUCACUACUCGCCAAAUUCCCGCCCACCUGGAUGUUGACGGGCGAACGAGAUCCCCUCGUGGACGACACCGUCAUUUUCGCAGGUCGUCUACGGCAGGCAAAACGUGCAGAUUGGACUUUUGGCAAAGAGAUGGGGCUCGACUGGGCACGCGGCGAGUUCAGGGAAGAAGAUUACGUCAACGUAGAUCUCAUUCCGGGCAUCUCUCACGGCUUUUUGCAGUUUGUGUCUGUAUUCCCCGAGGGCUGGAAGUAUAUCAACAGAUGCGGCAAGUGGUUUAAGGAAGCCUUCGAGUGGGAAGAGCGGAAAGAGGCGUUAGAGGGAGGGACUACACCGAUUCAAGCACGCGACCCUACUAGACACCGCAGAGGGGAGCGGAGCGACUACUUUGGCUCUGGCACCAUGCUCGGUCUCGUGGAAGCCGUCAAUGGCCUGUCCAACUCGCGCCGGCAUCACCAGCGCUCUGGUACAGCAUCGUCUGCUGAAGAAGACCGUCCGUUAGAAAUGACAGUCUUGUCGAAAGGCAAGGGGAAGCCGAGCCCGCCGGACGCAUCGAAGGCGAGAGGGAAUGGGGGUUUGAGCAGGCCUGCGAGAGGCAGAGGAAGGGGCAGAAGGGAGAGAGGUAGAAGGAAGAGCUUGGUCAGUUUGGCAAGUGAGGAUGACCUGCUAGGAAGGAGGAUGAAGGGGCUAACCGGAGGUUUGAUGGGUUCCGAGGAGAAUUAGAUGGAUAGGUCCCACGACCAGGUCAUGCAUUUAGAGUGGCAUAGCAUAGUAUAGGAGCAUGUAAACUGGAUUCUCCAUUAUUCAAGAGCAAAGUCUAAAGGCCCAGCCAACCUUCCCAUCCUGUACCCAAGCCCGUAUUUCAAUAAUUUCC